GGUUAUCGCCCGUAUAAAAGCGUGAACUCUUAGCCCCAGCCUCUCCCCCGCUCUCUCUUCGUUGCGCUCAAAAAUCUGAAGUGAAGCCAUUGGCGGAGCCGCCGCUGCGAGUCCCUUCUGGAACCGUCGCCCUCGAUUUGCCAAACGCCCUUUCCUUUGUCCUUUCUCAUCGUCACCAUGGUUCUGUCAAAUGAUAUUGAUCUCCUUCACCCUCCAGCGGAGCUGGAAAAGAGAAAGCACAAAUUGAAACGCCUCGUUCAAUCUCCCAACUCAUUUUUUAUGGAUGUGAAAUGCCAAGGAUGCUUUAACAUCACGACGGUCUUCAGUCAUUCACAAACAGUUGUGGUGUGUGGGAAUUGCCAAACAGUUCUAUGCCAGCCCACUGGUGGGAAAGCUCGCCUCACUGAAGGUUGCUCCUUCAGAAGAAAGGGAGACUAGAGGAGCUUAUACUGGUUUGUGAUGUAGAGUUACGAUUUCGUCUUCAGUUGAAUUUUGGCUAAGAACUAUGUUUCUGAAUUUUCAUGCUUCUUGAAACAGACUUUCUGAUUGAAGAUUCCGACUGUUUUCAAAGUUUUGCCAGGGAACUGUUAGGUUUAUUAUGAUAAAAGUCGCCUCGUAUCUAUUAUGAACAUAA